CUGGAUAGGUGGGCUGGGCUGUGGGUAGGGAGGAGGAGUAGGAGGGUAGCUGCCUAUAGCCUCGGCCUCCAUAACCCCCCAUUCAUGGCCAUUACCACGAUGUGUCACCCCACCACACCGCCCUCUCCGAUGCUGCCUCCCUGCUAACCAUCUCCUCUCCCUGGUGGCCUGGUGGUUCUUUCUUUCUUGGCCUUCUUGCCCUGCAGCCUCCUCCACCCCCACCCUCCUCAUUAAUCACUUGCUAGCUCCCUGCCUCCUUCCCGCUCCCCGCCUGCCGCUCCCCUUCUCGUGCUCCGCGCCCGUGCCUCGCCCGGCGCCGCCCGCCCGCCCGCCCGCCCGCAGUAGCCAUGGCGGGGAUCGACCUCAACGACACCGUGGAGGAGGACGAGGAGGAGGCGGAGCCCGGCAACCCCGCCUGCUCCCAGCAAAGCCGGACCAGCUCCGCGGCCACGCCCCCACCCCCGCCGCUGACCCCGCUGCUCCAGCCGAGGCCGGGCGCCGCGGUGUGCCUCGAGCUCUGGCACGCCUGCGCCGGCCCCGUCGCGCCGCUGCCGCGGAAAGGGACCGUCGUCGUCUACCUCCCGCAGGGACACCUGGAGCACCUCGGUGACGCCGCCGCGGCCGCAGCCGGAGGCGCGCCGGCGCCCGCCGCCCUGCCGCCCCACGUCUUCUGCCGCGUCGUCGACGUCACUCUCCAUGCGGACGCGUCCACGGACGAGGUGUACGCCCAGCUCGCCCUCGUCGCCGAGAACGAGGAUGUCGCGAGGCGGCUGCGCGGAGGGUCCGAGGACGGGAGCGCUGGGGACGGCGACGACGGGGAGGCCGUGAAGCAGCGGUUCUCGCGGAUGCCGCACAUGUUCUGCAAGACGCUCACGGCCUCCGACACCAGCACGCACGGCGGCUUCUCCGUGCCGCGCCGCGCCGCCGAGGACUGCUUCCCGCCUCUGGACUACAGCCAGCAGCGGCCGUCGCAGGAGCUUGUCGCCAAGGAUUUGCACGGAACCGAGUGGAGGUUCCGCCACAUUUAUCGAGGCCAGCCCCGCAGGCACCUUUUAACCACUGGAUGGAGUGCAUUUGUCAACAAGAAGAAGCUUGUCUCAGGGGACGCUGUACUAUUUUUGAGAGGUGAUGAUGGGGAGCUAAGACUUGGAGUGCGCCGUGCAGCUCAGCUUAAAAAUGGAUCUGCUUUUCCAGCUCUUUAUAAUCAGUGUUCUAAUCUUGGUUCACUAGCUAACGUAGCACAUGCUGUGGCCACAAAAAGCGUGUUCCACAUCUACUACAACCCCAGAUUAAGCCAAUCUGAAUUCAUUAUACCGUAUUCAAAGUUUAUGAAGAGCUUCAGUCAACAAUUUUCUGCUGGUUUGAGGUUCAAAAUGAGAUAUGAGAGUGAUGAUGCUUCUGAAAGAAGAUGCACUGGGGUAAUAGCAGGAAUUGGUGAUGCUGACCCCAUGUGGCGUGGUUCGAAGUGGAAAUGUUUGAUGGUCCGAUGGGAUGAUGAUGUAGAUUUUCGUCGACCGAACAGGAUUUCUCCUUGGGAGAUUGAGCUGACUAGUUCAGUUUCAGGAUCCCAUCUGUCUGCACCAAAUGCAAAGAGACUCAAACCAUGUCUUCCCCCGGACUACCUAGUUCCAAAUGGAAGUGGUUGUCCUGAUUUUGCGGAAUCUGCCCAAUUCCACAAGGUCUUGCAAGGUCAAGAAUUAUUGGGUUAUAGAACUCGUGACAAUGCUGCUGUUGCAACUUCUCAGCCAUGUGAAGCAAGGAACAUGCAGUACAUUGAUGAGCGAAGUUGCUCCAAUAAUGUGAGUAACAGUAUCCCAGGGGUUCCUAGAAUUGGUGUCAGAACACCACUAGGAAACCCUAGGUUUUCCUACCAUUGCUCAGGCUUUGGGGAGUCUCCAAGAUUCCAAAAGGUCUUGCAAGGUCAAGAAGUAUUUCAACCCUACCGAGGAACUCUAGUCGAUCCAAGUUUGAGAAAUAGUGGCUUUCAUCAGCAAGAUGGUUCUCAUGUGCCUACUCAAGCGAAUAAGUGGCAUCCACAGCUUCAUGGGUGUGCUUUUCGUGGGACACAAGCACCAGCUAUUCCAUCUCAAUCCUCAUCGCCACCAUCUGUCCUAAUGUUUCAACGAGAUAAUCCAAAGAUGUCCCCUUUUGAAUUUGGGCAUUGUCACAUGGAUAAGAAUGAGGAUAUGCGUGCAAUGUUUGGCCAUGCUGGAGGUAUUGGAAGAACUGAGCAAACAAUGAUGCUCCAGGCUCAUAAUGUUUCUGGAGGAAUGGGAAAUAGAGAUGUGACCGUUGAGAAAUUUCAGCCCACUGUUGCUGUUGGAAGGGAUGGAUCAGACAACAGGGAAGUUACCAAAAAUAGUUGCAAAAUAUUUGGCAUAUCUUUGACUGAGAAGGUUCCAGCAAUCAAAGAAAAGGACUGUGGUGAUACCAACUAUCCAUCCCCCUUCCUGUCUUUGAAGCAACACGUGCCAAAAUCGCUGGGCAACAGUUGUGCCACUAUUCAUGAGCAGAGGCCUGUUGUUGGUAGGGUGAUUGAUGUUUCAACAGUGGAUAUGAUGAUCUGAUCUGUUGGAAAAGUUGUCCUGAAGGCUGUAUUGUGUAGUGUGGAUAGUCAGGUGGUUGAUGAUCCGGUAUGAUGAAGGUGGAUGGAUCAACGACGCUGAUCAAACAUGUAUCCUAGUUGUAGCUGUUAGAGCACUUUGUAUGACAACCGUGAGUGCUCCAUGUUAUCAGCAUUUGUUGCUGCUUACAACUUGCCUCUAUGUUUAUAAGCCGUAUGCUAUGACAAACCCAUUUAUAGAGUGUUUAUUUGCAUUGGCAUAGUUCUAGUA